AUGCGUCGAGCCGCGGCAACGUACAGGAUCGACAAGCUGAUCGGCAGACCGCGCAGACGGUCAAUAACGCGGAUCAGGUCGGCAUUGUCAGGAUCGUCGUACGUCUCCGCGUCACCUGAAAAGCCGAAUUCCUCCGCGAGCACCUGUGUGAGGCGGGCAGCGGCCCGAUGCAUCGACAACGCCGGCACCUACCCCGUCGAGCCGCGAUGCAAUGUCAGAAAGCACGUCCUCAUAUGGGCCAAUGUCGAUCUUGUCGAUCGAGUAGCGCCAGCGCGAGCGCGACCCGUGUCUUCGAGAUUAUCCAUGCAUUCCAAGAUGGUGUUCGCUUUAGUUUGCGCAAAGGGGGUAGGCCUCCAGCUGUUAUCGGUCAGCCACACGGACACCGACCCAGAUGCGGUCAUUCCUGACGCCCCACUCGCUUCCCCAGUUUCUGCCAUUCGCUCAUCUUCCAAUUACAGGGAGCAUGCACAGUCGAGUAGUUUCCCCUCACUCUCCUUCAAUGGACUUGCUCGCUUGCGCGACGCCCGAGGCCCAUUUUCUGACUGGUUCCAAUGUUACCAUAGCGGGCAACACUAUGGUCCGCAUUGCCCAGUCCCGAACACUCAUGCGCCCUCCUGCGAAUUCCCGCAUCAGACGACCUUCCAAAGCGUAGCCGAGCAGGGACGAACGUCACCGCAGACGCUCAUUCGUGUGCUGCUGAAGCGAAUGCCGACGGCGUCGUAA